AUGUUCCAAGACUCCAGCCCCAGCGAACCAUCGCCCAGCGACAAACCCAUCCAAAAGCGCAGUCGAGUCCUCCUCUCCUGCGCACCAUGUCGCAACUCCAAGCUGAAAUGUGACCGCCAGCAACCAUGUUCGCAAUGCGAAAAGAAAGCCCGCAUAGACCAGUGCGUCUAUGCCCCCAAGCCCGUCAAGAAGAAGCCCCCCGCCAAGAAUAUGACCGCACGACUCAAACGGCUGGAGGGACUGGUGCGAGAGAUGAUGGAGAAUGAAGGAGAUGCGAAACCGUCAGGAAAGGGGGAUGAAAAGAGCACUGUGCCUUCGUUGCAAGGACAUGUUGUCAAGGGGGAGCAUGGGACGACGUAUGUUGGUGCUACACAUUGUAUGGCAAUGCUUGAGGAUAUUGAGGAUUUGAAAAUGUAUUUUGAUGAUUCAGAGGAGCAGGAAGAAGGAGCUUCGCCGACAGAUGAGCUUGACGCACCUGAGAUGCUGUUGAGUCCGAGGAGUGCGCCGAGUAACAGAGAUGAACUUAUUGCUCAGCUGCCCGAGAGGCAUGUUGCCGAUCGGUUGAUUACGAGAUAUUUCUCAUCCAUGAGUCCCUCACAACACAUCAUGCACCGCCCAACCUUCACAAGAAUGUACGCCCGUUUCUGGCAAGACCCCAACGACGUAUCCCUCCACUGGCUCGCCCAACUCUUCAUGAUGCUCGGCCUCGGCAUCUUCUUCAACAACUUCGCCGCACCCCACGAACUAACCGCGGACUCACCCGUCCCCGUCUACGACCGCAUCAAGCACUACCGCUCCUGCGCAGCCUGGGCUCUCAUCUGGGGAAAAUACACGCAACCCACGUCCGCCACCCUGCCCGCGUUCCUCCUCUACGUAGAAUCCCACUUCAUGUUCAAUCGCGCCGCCCAAAUGAACUGCUACGUCCUCUCGGGCGUCUGCAUCCGCCUCCUCCUCAAAAUGGGAUUGCACCGCGACCCGUCCAAGCUGGCCAACAUUUCUCCCUUUGAGGGAGAAAUGCGCAGAAGGUUAUGGAACAUGGCGGUGCAGAUUGAGCUCCUUGUGUCGUUCCACAUGGGUCUCCCGAGUAUGCUGCAGGGUAUCGAAACCGACACGAAGACGCCGUCGAAUCUCCAAGACGAGGACUUUGACGAGGAUUCAACCGUCUUGCCGCCUGAGAGACCGUCUACCGACCACACGCAAAUGACGUAUCCUAUCAACAAGACCAAGAUUCUAAAAGUAUUCGCCCAAAUUGCCCGUCAAGCCCAUUCCCUGUCUCCCCCUGAAUACAACGACGUGCUCAAGCUGGAUGCCAUAUUGCAAGAUACAUGGGGUGCCUUGCCGGGAUUUAUGCGCGUCCGCCCCUUAGACGAGUGUGUAGGCGACGCACCUGUUCUUCUCAUACAGCGUUUCGGCCUCGCAGCAAUCUACAAUAAGUGCAGAUGUGUCCUUCACAGACGAUAUCUCGCGGAGCCGAUCCCCAACAAGGACCACAACUACUCCCGCCAACAGGGCAUUGACGCGGCGCUGUCCCUUCUCGAGUCACAACGCGUUAUAUGGAAGGCUUCCAAACCAGGCAACGUGCUGAGUUCCAUGUCGUGGUUCCUUUCGUCGUUGGCAGUACACGAUUACUUGCUAGCAGCCAUGAUUGUGUAUCUGCUCAUUCAGAAUGAGAAUUAUCCCGACGGGGAGGGAUUCGAAUUUGAAGGCAAGAAGCCCAGCAAAGAACAGCUGAAGAUGAUGCUCAAGACAUCCCAUGUCAUUUGGACAGAGGUAUCGGAUAAUGUAGUCGAGCUGAGAAAGACGGCGGACACCCUAGCCGCAAUGUUGAAUAAGAUGGGCGUCCCAGUGGAUGGGAACAUAACAACAGAGGAGAUGAAUUACAUUCCGGUGGAAUAUACGUCGUCAGGAUCAAGAUGGUCUUCAUCUGCUGCGAGGAGCGCCUCUGGCACAGGAGAGUCAGAUCUUCUUUCUAGCUUAGGACUUGAAGGAGGAAAUUCGUCUUCAGGAUUAACACCAUUCUCUAUGCCUCAAGCGACGAGCAAUCCGACUCCUGCUAUGGACUUUGCCAUGCCUGACACGACGGAUGCCAUGUUGGGAACUAACCUGGACUUUGAUCCGUCGUGGAUGGAAUCGGUAGAUAAUAUGGACUGGCGUUUCCUCGACGUGUCCCUCGCACAUAGCCAUACCGCCGGCACCAAUUCCGGAUCUGGGACGACAUGGGUUGAGAAACUCCCACUGGAUGAUUUGGGUAUGUUGGAUCCGGGGGUAUGGGGUCAGCCAUCUGGGGAAACAUAG